CUGGCUGCUUGCUGCUCUCCUCUCUCUUAUCCGGAGAAAGGCGGAGGAUGUCGCUCCUGCUUAAAGAUGGCGGCCGCGAGGAGGAGUCUCUUGCAGAGUGAGCAGCUGUCAAGUUGGACAGAUGACUUGCCUCUUUGUCAACUGUCGGGUGUGGGUUCAGCUCCUAAUCGUUCCUAUGCUGCAGAUGGAAAGGGGACAGAAAUCCACCCCUUAGAGGAUAAUUGGUUGAAAUUCAGAAGCGAAAACAACUGCUACCUAUAUGGAGUCUUCAACGGUUAUGAUGGCAACCGGAUUACUAAUUUUGUGGGAGAAAGGCUCUCUGCAGAGCUCCUGUUGGGCCAGCUGAAUGCAGAUCAUGAUGAUGCUGACGUGCGUAGAAUCCUGCUGCAGGCUUUUGACGUGGUGGAACGGAGCUUCUUAGAGUCUAUUGAUGAUGCUUUGGCAGAGAAGGCCAGCCUACAAUCCCAAUUGCCAGAGGGGGUCCCCCAUCACCAGCUUCCCUCUCAGUAUCAGAAAAUCUUAGAGCGGUUGAAAGCUGUAGAAAAAGAAAUCUCUGGAGGAGCCAUGGCUAUUGUGGCAGUCAUCCUGAACAACAAACUCUAUAUCGCCAAUGUAGGAACGAACCGUGCCCUCUUGUGCAAAUCUACCGUAGAUGGACUGCAAGUGACACAGCUCAACAUGGAUCACACCACAGAGAAUGAAGACGAGCUGUUUCGCUUUUCUCAGUUGGGCUUGGAUGCAGCAAAAUUGAAGCAAGUGGGCACUAUAUGUGGGCAGGAGAGUACCCGGCGCAUUGGGGAUUAUAAGGUUAAAUAUGGCUACAGUGACAUUGAACUUCUAAGUGCUGCAAAAUCCAAGCCAGUUAUAGCAGAACCUGAAAUCCACCGAGGCCAGCCACUGGAUGGAGUCACAGGCUUUCUUGUUCUGAUGUCAGAAGGACUCUACAAAGCGCUGGAAGCAGCUCAUGGGCCUGGGCAAGCCAAUCAGGAAAUUGCAGCCAUGAUUGCCACAGAGUUUGCUAAACAAACCUCACUAGAUGCUGUGGCUCAAGCAGUUGUGGAUCGAGUCAAGCGCAUUCACUGUGACACAUAUGCCAGCGGUGGCGAACGGUCCAAGUUCUGCUCCCGGCACGAGGACAUGACUCUGCUGGUGAGGAAUUUUGGGUACCCGCUGGGUGAGAUGAGCCAGCCCACUCUCACCCCAACGCAAGGUGGUCGUGUUUAUCCUGUAUCGGUGCCAUACUCCAGUGCCCAAAGUACAAGCAAGACCAGCGUAACACUAUCCCUUGUCAUGCCUUCCCAAGGUCAAAUGGUCAAUGGUGCUCAUAGCAGCUCCACGUUGGAUGAAGCCACACCCACCCUCACUAAUCAAAGCCCAACAGUGACCCUCCAGUCUACCAAUACUCACACCCAGAGCAGCAGCUCAAGCUCAGAUGGGGGCCUCUUCCGCUCCCGUCCCUCUCAUUCUCUCCAACCAGAUGAAGAUGGGCGGGUUGAGCCCUACGUGGACUUUGCUGAAUUCUACCGCCUCUGGAACAUGGACCACAGUGAGCAAGGGGCACUGGCUGUGUAACAAACACAGAGAGACCAAUCAGGUGGAGGAGAUGGUGCCUGGUGCGGCAGAAACAGUUCAUCACCUGGCUAGCUGCAUUCUGCCAUAAUGCAUACUCUCUUUUGCGGAAAUGUGGCUAAUGUUUGGAUAGGUUACGGAUACAGUUUUGCUUCUCAUCUUACCAAGCAUGUUACCCUUUUCUGUGGGCAUUAGAGAGGGUUGUGGACCUUUCCCGCAUCAGGAAUCAGGGCUGUGUUGCAGAAAGACAACAGCCACAAUGGCCCAUUAAGGAUUGAACAUUAUGAGUGCGCAUGGCUGUUCCAAGGUUGCAGUCUGGAAAUACAGCAUCAAGGUAAUGAUGUUUUCAGUCCAUGGAAGAUACCUCUUAUUUUGCAGAAUAAACAGUAACUUAUAGGUGCUCCUCUUGCCUUUUUUGAUGAAGGAAAUAUUAGAACUGAAAUAAACCUCAGAGCAUAUUAAAUCCUCAGCAAA